AUGGCGUAUAAUGUUGAGUGGAAUGGGCAUGAACAAUUUGAGGUGAUUGGUGCAUUUCAGGAAAAAAUUGUAGUACACUUGGGUGAAAAAACUUGUAGCUGUAGAAAGUGGAAUGUUUCGGGGGUACCUUGUAAACAUGCUAUUGUAGGUAUGUUUUAUAUGCAUUAUCCACCUGAAGAGUUUGUGGUUGAUUGCUACAAAAAAGAGGUGUACUUGAAGGCUUAUUCGAGGAUGAUGAACCCAAUGCAUGGCCCUGACGAGUGGCCAAACUCUAAUAGAAGCCCGCUACAUCCUCCUAUUGUGGAAAAGCUUCCAGGCAGACCGAAGAAGGCUAGAAAGAAGCAACUCGGAGAAGAAGUUACAAAAAAUGGCAAAAAAAACAUCAAGAAAAGGGACAAAAAGUAG